AGAACUCUUUGGUACGUUAACUGGCGCGAGAUUUAAGCUGGUUUGUUGUGCUAUGCGCAGGCUGACUAGCUUAGUUUAUUUGUUACAGAAGUUAGCUUCCGAAACCGUUUCUAGUCCUAGAAAUUAUUUUGGAAUGAGUUUCUGAAAGAAUAAUUUAGCUCGAUAUUAGUGGAAUAUCACAGUUAUUAAGCGGUUUAGUUUGCUAGCGAGCUGGUCAUGAUGUUAAUUGGUAAUACUGAUAUAAAGCUGCUGUUUUAGAUUAUUGCUAGUAACUAAUAAGAAACUACUCCUUUACGUCAUAUCCGGCCUCACUAGCUGUCUCGGUAUAAAUAUGACCGUGCUUGUGUAACUGUAAUGGAGCUAAAGCCGUCGGCAGCGGUGGUGUUUAGUGCUGUACCUCCAUACGGACAUGUCCUCAUCAACGCCAAGUGGAGGGGCUCCAUCCUAGUGCAGCAUUUUAAAGGGAAUGUGAAGACGGUCUUUGAGGAGGAGCUUGGUGUUGUGGACCUUUACCUCAGUAACAAAAGUUGUGUCCUGUAUGUGUCAGAGAGUGACUUGGUGGCAGGGAAUGACUACAAAAGAAAAAUCGUUCGAUUCAGAAAUGCCAAUAGUAACUUCCAUGGGGUUGUUCUUGUGGAGAAGACUCGUCUCAGUGAGCAGUACUUCAGUGGACUGCAGAAGUUUGUGGUGUUGGAGCUGGGCCUGGCCCUUCUGCAUGUCGCAGGUCCUGGCGAAGCCGCCCAGCUUAUUACACAGAUGGUUCAUGGAGAGAGCAAGGAGAACCCCUUCCGCAAGAGAAGCACAGCCAGACUGCUGGACCCAGUGGUGUUGAACGUGGUACAGCAGAUCCCUGGGGUUGGCAAGGUGAAGGCCAUGGCCCUACUCCAGCACUUCUCUAACAUCCAUAAAAUCAGCAACGUUUCAGUUGAAGACCUGGAGCCUGUUGUGGGGCAGGCCGCUGCUCAACACAUCUGGGCUUUUUUCCAUGAAAUAUUUCCAUGAUAUUUUACCACAUGGUACUUUGCAGAGACUUUCACACUGGACUUAUUUGCUGUUUGCCAUGUAAAGUCUAACCUAAUAUAAACCAAAAAACCCAAACCUCAAACAUUGGUGUGAGGCUGUCAAAAUGUAAUAGAUUUUUUUUUUUCUUGUUCAAGGAAAACUGAAUUACUUUGUUCAGGCACGUUGCAUAUUUCCUAAAUAUUGUUCUGCAGUGAAAAUAAUAAAAUGUGGAUAGGUUGGGUUGUAUUUGCUUGUCCUUUUGGGGGAAAAAAAAUUAAUUUGUCAUGUCAUUUUCUGUAACCUCUUUAUCCUGGUCAAGGAUAUUUUAAUGCUGUGAUUUAAACUUAUCUCCUGCUGUUCUACAAUAGCAACUGAACCCAUUACGAUUGAGUAGACUGUUUAUAAUGAGGGUAAGUGGUACACGACAGGGGAAGGUUUGAGUCAACCGCCUUCCUGAUGAACUGUCUCUCUAAUUAGCUCAGCAUGCUUUCCCAGUCAAGGUCAAAUACACCUGCGCUGCUUGAGCUUAAGGUGUGUGUGUGUGGGGGGUCUUUUCUGUUGUAACACUGGAUACAGAAACAAUUGUAUGGUUGUUGUUGUUGUUGUUUUUUUUAAAUAAUGUAGCUGUCUAGUUAA